AUGGCUCCAACAUCCUCCCCAUUCAUCGAAGAGCUGGUAAUGGAGGAGAUCCCGAAGGUUAGGCUGCCGGCGCACCUAACAUACAACGGAACCACUGAUCCAAGAGACCACGUAAUCUCCUACGAGCAGCAGAUGUUCUUGAUCCCUCAAUCCAAAGCUUGUUGGUGCAAGUAUUUUCCAACCACGCUAACUGGAGUGGCGGGAGAAUGGUUCAGAUCGCUGCCGAAGGGAUCGGUCGACAACUUCAAAGAUCUGAGUGAAAAAUUAUGUGUGCAGUUCGUCAGCAACAAUCGCUUCGAGCAAACCACCGCUGAACUGGCCUCAAUUCAGCAAGAGAGAGGUGAGAUCCUUAGAGACUUCAUGGCCAGAUUAAUGAAAGAAUCAACCAACAUCCCAAAUUUGCAGCCCGAUGUGGCAAUCUUCUCUUUAAAGCACGCACUCCAGGAGGGAAGGUUCUGUGAUAAACUGUCAAUGAAGAACCCCACCAAAUUAGCUGCCGUACUCCAAAUGGCAGAUGCGUUUUUCAGAACCAAAGAUUUCAACAAGGCGGCUGCAAAAUUGAAAGGUUCCUCGGAGCCGAAGGAUACAAAAGCAAAUAGAGCAAGCCUGAUGGCGGCUCAAGAAAAGGAAAAGAGAAGCAAGGUGCGAGAGACGGAAGCCCGAAGAAAGAAGGGAAAAAGGGUGAACUUCAACCCAAGUACACCAACAACACUCCACUCUCUCUUCCCCGAAAAUAGAUUUACAGCCUCCACAAGCAUGAUGAGAAAUGGAAAAGCCAGGCAAACUCAGAUCCAACCCCCUUCACAGAAACAGAAACAAGUGGUGCGAGUUCCACGAUGA